CUCCGCCUUGUACGGAAACCUCACAGAGCAACAGCUUUAGGACGGAAAUUCCCCGAGUAGCUACCCACUAUGGUUGGGCCAGCGAACAAACGUCAGAAAAGGGAGCAGUACAAGAGUGAACGCGGAGAGGAUGCAAAGAAAAACCAGGAGCUUCCCAAGAAGAAGUUCUACAGGCAAAGAGCUCAUGCCAAUCCUUUCUCCGAUCAUCACUUGACCUAUCCUAUCACGCCUGCGCAUAUGGAUUGGUCCUCAUUCUACCCCGCCUUCGUCACAACCCCAGAAGAAGUUCAAGCAAACCCACAGAGCGGAAUCGAUAUUGAGUUUGGACGUGUUAGGCAAUUGAAGAAAGAUGUGGAGGUUGCAGAUAUAGGGUGUGGAUUUGGAGGCUUGCUGGUUGCUUUGGCCCCAGUUCUGCCAGAUACUUUACUUCUAGGCAUGGAAAUACGGACACAAGUCACAGAGUAUGUCCAAGAGCGAAUCAAAGCUCUCCGAGCCCAAAAUCCAGACACAGGCCUGUACCAGAACAUUGGGUGUUUAAGAGCCAACGCUAUGAAGUUCCUGCCAAACUUCUUCAAGAAGCAGCAACUAUCGAAGAUCUUCUUUUGCUUCCCGGAUCCACAUUUCAAGGCUCGAAAACAUAAGGCACGGAUAGUCUCUACCACAUUAAACUCAGAGUAUGCGUAUGUGCUUCGUCCCGGAGGAAUUGUCUACACGAUUACGGAUGUGGAGGAUCUGCAUAACUGGAUGGUCGGACACUUUGAUGCCCAUCCGUCUUUUGAGCGUGUACAAGAGGAUGAACAAGAUGCAGAUGAGUGUGUGAAGAUAAUGAGGGUGGAGACCGAGGAGGGAAAGAAAGUGGAGAGAAAUAACGGACAGAAGUUUGUAGCAUUGUUUCGGCGCUUGGAGGAUCCACCAUGGUAGUCAAAAUACCCUCUGAAAAUGCAAUUGCAAUAUCUCUCGAAA